AUGUUCGUCCGUCUCAGCCUCGCCCUGCUAGUCCAUUGUUUUCUAGUCCAGGGACUCCCCUCGGGCUUUGACUUGCUGCGGAUCGAACGGAGAUUUGAAGAGGAAUUCAACCGGAAACAACGUCUCAAUGCCCGUUCGAUAGGUAAGGUUACGCUUGGCACAGAUCGAUGUGAAAGACGAUAUCAAUCGGACCUUAAUGGCCUUUUUAUGUCUCAGACAAGUUAUCUAAACCCUUCCACUCUCUUCAGAUGAUCCCGAGACCGCAGAUGAGAAAUGUCAAAAAGAGUGCAACGAAAAGCUGAGAACAUCCCUAGACAUGGUUAAGGUAAAAAAGGCCUCUCAACUCCUGUAAAAUCAUUCAGGCACACACUUCUUUUGGUAGUGUUGGAGUGCCAUCUGUAACAGACAAAGAAGAUCUCAUCUAUUUCUGUAAAUUCGACGCCGAGAACGAUAGAUGUUUGAGGGAUUGUGGGUAUGAGAUCCAAUUUAAUAUGCGGGAUUAUGUUUGCAAAGCCCGUUUCGACGAGGUAUGAGAGUUAUGGUAUUAAUUAUGAGUAAAGACGCUUGGCAGAGGAAGUAAGCUGGGCCAUGACUUUCAGAUGGUUAACAACCUCCCGUGCUAUGCCCGUUCAGCCCCCCAAUUGAAGAGAGUCUGUGGGGCCAGAAGAUGCGGGCCAUACGAGGAAUUAGAAUUGAGUCUGAAUGGUUUUGGGAAGCGAUGUCGAAGUGUGUUAUGUGAUCUCUCGUGUAUGCAGAACGUCCUCUUACGCAAUUGUGGUAUGAGUGCUGGGUCUCGGGCUUACAAAUUCCUUUUGGAUUACUCCAGAGUUCAGGUAGAUCUAUUUCAAUUUUUAAAAGGUUAAAUUAAUUGUCAGGUAGCCACUUGGAUACGCGACAGCGCUCAGCAACUGCAACAGCCAGUGUCUAAGGUCAUUCCCAGGACAUGUUCGACACUUUUUUGCGAACAAUUUGACACCCAAAAUUGUACAUACGUACCCGCGAUCUAG